AUGAGUAUCAUUUCUUCUUUAUUGUGUUGUUCAGUUGACUCUAAAGAUGAUGCUGACGACAGGUAUGCGCAACAACUGACCGCCAGAAAGACAAACUCACUGAAUAGAACCUCAAAGGUGCAGACUGCCACUAAUGGGAAGGAUCCAAAUAGCAACAAGGUUGAUGCUGGCAAUAUAACAAAGGGAGAACAAAAGGAUAAACAAGAACUUUUGGAUGAUGAAAACUCCGUUAAUGAAACCGAUACUAUAACUAAUACUAAUGAAGAAAACACUCCUGGUUCGAAUUCUCACACUGCUAAUGGUGAACAUAAAGCCACCACCACCACCACCACCACCACAACUAAUAAUAAUAAUAAUACUAAUACCAAUGAGAAUGACCCUUCUACCAUAGCUUCCCCAUUGAACUCUGCCGAUUACAUAACAAGUGUUGAUGAAAAUGGAAUUGAUGAAGUCUUGGAUGAAGACAAUGAUCUUGAAGAUGAUGAAUCUUGUUUAGAUUUAACAAAGUUACAAGAAGGUCAAUCAUUUGACCCAACUACUGGAUGUCUUUUGGGGAAGAAAGAUAAGAAGUUCGGUAAGAAAAAGUGUCUUAUUUUAGAUUUAGAUGAAACACUUGUACAUUCAUCAUUCAAAUAUUUAAGAAUUGCGGAUUUUGUAAUUCCAGUUCAAAUUGAUAAUCAAGUUCAUCAUGUUUAUGUGAUCAAAAGACCUGGGGUUGAUGAAUUCCUUAAGAAGGUUGGAGAAUGGUUUGAAGUUGUUGUAUUCACUGCGUCAGUUCUGAAAUAUGGAGAUCCAUUAUUAGAUAAAUUGGAUAUUCAUAAUUCAGUUCAUCAUCGAUUAUUUAGAGAUUCAUGUUAUAAUUACCAAGGGAAUUUUAUCAAGAAUUUAUCUCAAAUAGGGAGACCAUUGGCAGAUUCCAUCAUUAUUGAUAAUUCGCCCGCCUCAUAUAUCUUCCAUCCUCAGCAUUCUAUUCCAAUUUCAAGUUGGUUUAGUGACACCCAUGAUAAUGAGUUAUUAGAUUUAUUACCAUUUUUGGAGGAUAUUUCCAAAUCCAAUGUUGAUGAUGUUGGGCUUGUAUUGGACAUUUCAUUAUAA